UCUCCCUCCCUCCCUCUCUCCCUCCCUCCCGAUUCCGACUCUGAAGACUGCUUGACAUCGUCUCCGAUAUUCAACAACUCAUACGCGAAGAGGCGAGAGUUAUAACUAGCACUGGAGUUAUGGAUUCUUCAUCAAGAGAGGAUUUCUCAGCUAUUCAGGAUGUUAUGUUGGAAUUUCGUGCUGGUAAAAUGCAUAUGGAAGGAAAACGUGUUGUUGCUGAUCCACGUAAAGGGCUUGUUCGCAUUGGAAGAGGUGAGGAAGGAUUGGUUCAUAUUCAAUGGCUUGACCGUAAUAAUAACAUUAUUGAAGAUGAUCAGAUUGUUUUCCCAGAAGAGGCCAUUUUUGAGAAGGUCGGUCAAGCUUCCGGAAGAGUCUACAUUUUGAAGUUUCAGACAGACGACCGGAAAUGCUUCUUCUGGAUGCAGGAGCCCGAGGCUGACAAAGACAUAGAAUUGUGCAACUCAGUCAAUUUCUACCUUAAUCAACCAAUAGAAUUCCCUACCGAAGAAGAAACUCUUGGUGAAGAAAACUCGUCACGGGCUGGAAAUUUGGUUGGCCAGAGCAUGGGUACAGAAGUAACUAGUGAUGUAUCAUCCUCAGGGCCUGUGAAAUUAGCAGAUCUUCAGAGAAUCUUAAGUAACAUCGAGCCCUCAGGGGAGGCAAGCGAUCAUGAUGGAGGGUUAGGACUGGGGGAUAUUUUGAAGCCAGAAUUGUUAUUCCCAUUGAUGGAAACAUUGUCACUUGAAGAAGUGGCUUCACAUUUGCCUGAGGGCCAUUGGACUGCAGAGGAACUGAUGGAGUUGCUCCAAAGCCCUCCUUUUCGCCAACAAGUAGAUUCUUUUACUUACGUGCUUAAAACGGGCCAAAUAGACCUGACUCAGUUUGGAGUCGACCCAAGUAAAUAUAAGUUCACCGUGCUCUCGUUUCUUGAGGCGCUUGAGGACUCUGUUGGGGGGAUAUCCGAUACCGAGGAGUUGAGUCGAGAUGACAGCAAUUUGAGAUCUGAAACUCGUACUCAAAGUGAUAAAAUGGAUGAAGGUCAAUAGUAGUAGCCUCAAUUAAAGGUUUUGAUUCCGUAAGUUUGUUUUCAUAUUUUAGAGUUGUGGAUGGAUAGUUUUAAGGUUCAUUUGAACUUUUGUUGGUCAUUUGUGUACACCAAGAUUAGGGUAGCAAACUUUCAGUUGUUUUUUUAUAGUUUACAUGUCACUUUUUAUCGUCAUUUUUCAAUUGAAUCCCUUUUUGAACUUCUA